CAGCUGAAGGGCAGGAAGGAAAUGGCAGAGUACAGCCUUGAUAAGCUUUCCUGGAGUGUAUUUUAGAGUCAGGUUCUGAGCGUUCGCUUUCUUCGUGCUUAACUGAUUUCAUAAAUAUCAGAUCUUAGGGGACGACUUGAACUAAUAGAAUGGGACGUUUGAGGUUUCCUGUGAUUCCCGUGGUGCUCUUAUACACAACGGUAUUGCAGACGACUGAAGAAGUGAUACAGAUGGGCAUGUUUCCUGAAGCUGCCGAUUACUCCUUCCAGAAUUGUCGGAGCAAAAUGCUGCAAAUGGUCACAGAAAGUGGAGGUCUGCUGCAGACGGAGCUGAACAACAAUCCAGAUUUCAAAGCUAUUUGGCAGGACAGUGCAGCAUGCAGCGAGACCAUUCCAGGGGGUACGCCUCAGCAUGCGGCUGCCCUGAAGAGCUAUGCAGACGCUAGUCCUACAUUUCUUAAAGAAUUCAGAAAGUUGGCUAAGACUAACAAGGGAAGUUCAACGUACAGAGAUGAGUUUCCUUUCAAAUCUCUUUUUUUCCUGCUGACAGAUGCCGUGCAACUCUUAGGCCAAAACAAAUGCUGUACAGUGUACUUCGGUACGGAGAAGGAAUAUAACACCAAAAUCGGUGAGAAAGUGCGUUUUGAGAGUUUUGUUGCAGCAACAGUGGAACAUAGUGCUGCAGCUGAAGAUGCCAGUGACAGCGAUAGCACUGGGACCGUUUUCAACAUAAUAUCCUGUUCUCUGAUCUGCUAUGAAGAUUAUAAAUGUAUUUCAGAAGAAAUUCUGUCAGAGAGAGAAUUUUUCAUAUCACCCAAUGAAGUUUUCACAGUGAAGGCAAUCACUACUAGAAGUGGUACUGAUACCUUUAAAGAGAUCACCUUAACACAUUCUGACUUUCAAAGUUCUUCUAACUGCAGCAGCCUCGACAGGUUGCCCAAAGAAUCUAAAGCGUCGUCUUCAAGUUUCCUGAGUUCCAGUUCCCUGAAUCUUAUGGCUUCUUUGCUCCCGCUGUACUACUACACACUGACUCUCUAAUAUACUUUGUUUCCCUUUUCACAAAACUGCAAAGUUAAAGUUACUUGAAUGUGACGGUAUAUCAGUGUUCUUUACCUAUUUACAUAAUACAAUAAAUUACUUUUAAUGCA